UUCUAUUCUCUCUCGAUCUACUUCAGUGGCAUCUAGUUCGAGAAGAGAGUGGGAGUUGUAGUAGCGCUAUACAUACCAUCAACCGCCACUUUGUAGUCGACAACAUUAGACAAGUCUUCACGCCAUUUUAGUACCAGGCACACUAAGCAAUUGCUUCGCUGCAGAUCAGGACAUUACCAUUGACUCUCGUCAGUAAUUUCAUCUCUUUUGAUACUGAAAGAAGAUGAAGCCCUUAUCAAUUCUGGUUUGCGUUAUAGUACUUUUUAGCUCGGUCGCUCAUGCGUCCAAAUUUUGGGAUGACUUUUUUGUAAAUUUUGGAGGCAUGAACGUCAAGUAUCCCGGUAGAGACACAGGCAGCACUGUACAACUUGGUCUUACCAACCGAACCGGAUCUGGAUUUCGAUCAAAGUAUCCGUAUUUGUACGGCCAUCUUUCUAUGAAAGUCAAACUGGUGGGAAACAACUCCGCCGGUACCGUGACGUCGUACUAUAUGGCUUCAGUGUACAAGAAAUGGUGUGAACUCGACUUCGAGUUUCUGGGAAAUGUUUCAGGGCAGCCAUACAUUCUUCAAACCAAUGUCUUUGCUCUCGGAGAAGGCAAUAGGGAACAGCGUAUUUUUCUGUGGUUUGAUCCUACGGCUGACUUUCAUGACUACGGCAUUCUGUGGAAUCAAAACCUCAUUCUGUUUUUGGUGGACAAUCGGGUCAUCCGAGUCUUCCAUAAUUCCAAGGACCUCGGAAUUCCAUACCUGGAAUAUCAACCAAUGUACAUCUACUCUAGCAUCUGGAACGGGGAGUCGUGGGCGACUCGUGGAGGUCGUGUGAAAACAGACUGGAGUCAGCAACCUUUCCUUGCAUCGUACACUGCUUUCAACGUUUCGAACGCCUGCGUGGUCAAGAGCGUCACAAAUUCUACCCGAUGGAGCAGCUCGCACAAUUGUUACAGGCAGUUGUAUAGGAGUCCAUACGGUAGGGCUCCCAACCUCAACUUGACGCAAACUCAAAUCGACGACCUCCGAUGGAUUCAAAAGGGAUUUGUGAUCUACGACUACUGCACAGAUUUGAAGAGGUUCAAGGGUGUGGCUCCUCCAGAGUGUGCCAGGAACUGGCCUUAGACUUUCAGAAGGUUAUAUUCAUUCCCACAUGCUCACCACUAAACUAUUUUCAGUGGACAGCACUGCUAAGAUGAUCUUCGAUGAUCGAAUAAUCGAAUGAUCAUGUGAACCAGCCAAGGUUUUUUAUUUCUUUCUCUAAGUUCCUAGAGAUGACAGGACCAGGAGAAGCAUUGAACCUUUUUUCUUGAAAGAGUGGCUGUGUCAGACUUAUUGGUAUGAACUACAUAGACUCACGACCUUGGCAUUCUACCGGAUAUCGAUCAGAAUGUCUCACUUAUUAGGAUUCGAUGGCAGGGAGCUCGGUAGGUCGCUGAUGUACAAGCCAGAGACUGAUUGGAAAAACUAAUUAAUUAGGUGAGGAAGCAGCUUAUCGACGGCAGCUCUAGUUGAUAGUGGAUUUCUGUUUCCAAGCUAGAUGACCUUUUUGUUACAGGGAAAAAUAGCAAUGCAGAGUAUCUGGACAGACAUUGGUGCAUAGAGUUGAUAAAAACACAAUUUAAUUAGCUUUUGAGUGAUAUAUUACUCGUAGGAUGGGUAGGAUACUCUUUGAAAGUAUGCUCCUGCAUACGUUCUUUUUCUAAGUGGGUUUCGGUUGUCAUUCUUGUC